ACCAGGUGUCCCCAGUCUCCCAUUUUUCGCAGCAAGAGGAAUCCUGCUGGAGAAGUGAAGGAAAGAAGGGCUGACUGAAGUGUGAGUGUGUGAAGAAGUGCGUCCGCGUGAGUUGUUUUCACACACGCCACUUUCGGGUACUUUUCAAACUGAAACUACUUUUAAUCCGUUUUUUAAACUCCUCCAGGUUCCCUUCAGUUGCAGUGAUGCAGACGUAAAGUCAGAGUGCGUGUGUGUAUGUAGGCAUGUAGGAAUGGAUGAAGACAGUUGCAAUUAGGAAAGCAGGGUGGCGACAGGUAGCCAAAGAUAAGUGAAGAAAACGGGACUACACCUUUACCGCAUUACUUGCCGCUUCCAUCGGUGGAAGUUCCGCACAGCAGCCGCCUUUCUUCUCGGGUCUGCACGCCUCUCCUGUCCUCUCCAGCGGAUUCCUCUUGGGUGUUUACUCCGGUACAAUCAUGUCUGAGGAAACAACGGAUUGUCCUAACGAACUGUUCGAGAGUGUGCGGGAGGCGGUGGGACGCAGGGUGAAACUGAUCCUGAGGCGCAAAGUCCAGCUGGAGGUCAAAGGUGACAAGGUGGAAAACAAAGUGCUGGCUUUGGCAUCACAUCGAGCCUUUCUGCUCACAGCACGAGUCCCCUCUAAGGUUGAACAGUCCUUCAGCUAUCUGGAAAUCCUGGGAAUCCAAAGCAACAAGCCCACACAGCUGGUGUUGGAGCAUGAGCACAGCUCGUGGAGCCUCCGGCUGGGCUCUGCAGAGGAAGUGGACAAGGUGAUCGCUCACAUCGGCAGCUGUCUUCACCGGAUCUGCCCGGCAGGCGUACCGGUGAAGAUGAUGAGGAAGUUAAAUUUGAAGCCCCCGGACAGGCUGGCAGCCCUGCAGGCCAUCUGGGACGAGCAGGCCUCAGCUGACCUGGGACCGUGCGGCGGCUUCUCCCAUCAGUACUGGUGUGUGUGUGAUUACCUCCGCCAGCCGUACAGAGAGGAAGUGCAGUGGGAUGUGGACACCAUCUAUCUCACUCAGGACACCAAAGAGCUCAACCUGCAGGACUUUGUUCAUCUGGACAACAAGGAUUUGAUUCCAAUCAUUACAGUUCUGGAGUACAACCAGUGGUUCACUAAGCUCUCCACCAAAGACUACAAACUGCCGACAGAUGUGUGCGACCAGAUUUUGAGAGUGGUGGCUCGAUCGAGCCGGCUGGAGGAGCUGGUGCUGGACAAUGCUGGGCUCAAAAGUGAUUUUGCUCAGAAACUGGCCGGCGCUCUGGCACACAACCCCGCCUCCACGCUUCAAACACUCAACCUGAGCAACAACUCGCUGGAGGACAAAGGCGUUGCUGCUCUGAGCGCUCAGUUUGCCAAACUGCCCAUGGGUCUAAAGCACGUGAACCUCUCCAGGACUUCCAUGUCUCCUAAAGGUGUAAACAGCCUCUGUCAGGCUCUCUGCGCCAACCCGAUCGUGGCCUCCACCCUCACACACCUCGACCUGUCGGGAAACUCCCUCCGAGGGGACGACCUCCCGAACCUUCACAGCUUCCUGAGUCACUCAAACGUCCUGGAAACUCUCGAUCUGUCCAAUAGCGACUGCUGUCUGGAGCAGGUGUGUUCGUCCCUGCUCAGAGGAUCUUUGAAGCACCUUUCUGUCCUCAACAUGUCAAAAACAGUCUUUUCUCACAGGAAGUGUAAAGAAAUCCCUCCGUCCUUUAAGCAGUUCUUCAGCUCUGCUCAGGCUCUGACGUCCGUCAGUCUGUCAGGAACCAAGCUGCCUCUGGAGGCUCUGAAAUCUUUGCUGUUGGGACUCGGCUGCAACCCAAACCUCAGCGACGUGUCUCUGGACCUCAGCUGCUGUGAGGUAAGACUCCAGCACGCUUUGUUCUACACAGAUAAAAGUAAACUGGAAGUAUUGGGAAAGUGUUUACCAGCGACUGUCUUUUGCUCUCAGCUGCGUUCUGGAGGCUCCCAGAUCCUGGAGGGUUGUAUUGCUGAGAUUCCCAACAUUACCAGUCUGGAUAUUUCUGACAAUGGCCUGGAUAUGGAUCUGACCACCCUGCUCGUGUGGCUGGCCAAGAACCGCUCCAUCAGACAUCUUUCACUGGGCAAAAACUUUAACAACAUCAAGUCCAAGAAUGUGGCUCAGGUCCUGGACAAUCUGGUUCAUAUGAUUCAAGAAGAGGAAUCGCUGCUGACCUCGCUGUCCCUGGCCGAUUCCAAACUCAAGGCCGACCUCUCCAUCGUCCUCAACGCUCUGGGCAGCAACACCUCUCUGACCAAACUGGACAUUAGUGGAAACUCCAUGGGAGACAUGGGGGCUAAGAUUCUGGCCAAAGCCCUGCAGAUCAACACUAAGCUCAGGACGUUGGUGUGGGACAGGAACAACGUCAGCCCUCAGGGGCUGCAGGAUGUCGCUGCUGCUUUGGAGAAGAACUACACCAUUCGUUUCAUGCCUGUUCCCAUCAUGGAUGCUGCUCAGGCGCUGAAGGCAAAUCCAGAGAAGACAGAGGACGCCCUGCUCAAGAUGGAGCAGUACCUGCUGAGGAACCACGAGACGCGUAAAUACCUGCAGGAGCAGGCGUACAGACUGCAGCAGGGAAUCGUCACCACCACCACACAGCAGAUGAUGGACAUGAUGUGUGUGAGGGUGCAGGAUCAUCUGAACUCUCUGAGGUUCACAGAGACCAGCGCCGUUCAGAAGGACAUGAAGGUGGCCGAGAACCUCAUGAAGGAUGCCAGAAACUCCAAAACUCUGCUUCCCAACCUGUACCACCUGAAGAGUGCAGGCUCCACAGGUACGUGUGUCGGAGCUAUUCAGGAUAAACUGGAGUCGAUGGCUGGAGAGAUAGCAGCAGUGAUGGACGACCAGCUGCAGACGAUGCUGAGGACCAUGGUGGAUACUGCCGAGGCCCUGUGUCCUAAUGUGAUGAAGAAGAGCAGCCUUCGCCAGGAGCUGCUGAAGGCCGGUGCGGGGAGGAUGACCAUUCCUCGCAGCUUCAUCACCACCACGCUGCUGGAGCAGUCCGGGGUCGACAUCAUCAAUAAGAUCAGUGAGGUGAAACUCGGCGUUGCCUCGUUUCUCUCUGAUCGCAUCGUGGAUGAGAUCCUGGAGUCUUUGUCCAGAUCACAGCACACUCUGGCCGACCAUCUGAUCAGAAAGGACCAACCUCUGGUGCAUCACGAGCCCCAUCUGGAGAUGGAGGUCUUAGACGAGACAGUUUUACAGCCAGAGAACUACGACCAGGAUCAGAACCAAGAUCGGGAAAAUAACCUGGACGAUAUGGACUCCACGAUGAUACCCAAAUCCAAGAGGAAGAGCAUUCUGGUCAGGAUGCUGAGGCCCGUGUCUGUGGCGUUUGAGUUGGAGUUUGACCUCGACAAAGCUCUGGAAGAGGUACCUAUCCACGUCGAGGACCCUCCUCUUCCUUCUCCUUCACAGCUGGACAGAACGUCAGCGUACUAUGAAGACCUCCCCCCUCCCCCGACUCCACAGGAUGCAAAAUCAGCCCCGCUGGCCGAGCUGCCUCCCAUGGAGCACAAAACUCUGGAACAUCACACCAAAUUCCGGCCAAAACCCAAGAGGACAAAACCCGCUCGGCCACACCGGGAGGCCACGGGCAGCUCAGCGCCACAGGAAGCAGAGCAGAACAGCAUUAUGGGAAAGCUGGACGAGGGCUUGGAUGAUUUCUUCUCCAAGAAAGUCAUUAAACUCAGCUUCAAAAUUCCCUCUGGGAAAGGUCCGUCCACCAGCACUCAGGAAGGAGCAGAUAAAAAACGAGAAUCCAGGAAGAGUGGUUUCUUUAAUCUCAUCAAACGAACGUCCCGUUCAGAGAAGAGCCACGGAUCUGCCGCCAUCGCCCCACCUCAACCUGCCUCUUCUGCCGCAGCUGCACCCCUUUCCCCGUGUCCAGUGACUAAGGAGACGACACCAGGAUCCCCCACAUCGCCUGUGAAAACCUGUCCCAUUGUGCCGGAGCCCGAGCAGGAACCCCACAGGUCUCACUCUUCAAACCACACAGAUUCUGAGGUUGAGGCGUCUCCAGCUGCCACCGAAAAUGCAGAGGAGGAGAAAGAAAAGAAGAACGUGGAGAAUAAGGAGAACCUGGAAAAGACGGAACAUGUGGAGAAAGUGGAGAAGAAGGGAAACCCCCAUAAACCCCGACACAUCGGAGUUCCUAUGAUGGGAAUGGACCUGAUGGCUGAGAUGAAGGCCAGGCAGGAGAGAAUGGCUGGGAAGAAAACUGAGUCAGCUCACACACAGGACAAGGUGGACGGUGACAAAGCCAAGUCAGAAGUCCAUCCCGCAGUGCCAGCAGACACUGAUGAGUCUAAACCAGAGCCAACACCCAGGGCUAAGCCACCCGGUGUCACCCCGAAACCACCCCCACCCCAGGCUAACAAAGCACCCCUGGCAGCCUGCAGCUCUGGGCCCCUCAGCCCAACUAGCCCCCGACCAAGCAGCACCUACGUCUCCGAUGAAUGUGCCAAUGCUCAAACGGGCAGCUGGUCUCCCAAAGCACCACUUCCUGCUCCUCGCCUGAAGAGGGCGCCGUCAGAACAGGAGCGAGCGAGUACCAGCAGCAACCCUGCAGAAGCUCUCUCUCCCCAGAAUGCAGGUGAGAAUCCCGCAGACGGCGAUGUGUUUGAUGGAUCCGUCGUGGCGUCUGGCGCGGGCAGCCAACGGUCGUCAUCUCUGAAGAGGACAGUCAACCUUUCAGCUCCAAGCGAGGACAACCGAGAGCGCACCAAGUCCCUCCCUGCCUACGUGAGGCCUCCAUCUCUGUCUGACGCACCUCUGAGUCCAGCUGAUGAAGAGGUCGAUCUCAAGUCUAACAAAUCGGAGGACGAGUCCAGUGACGACACUACUUCAGUGUGACACCUGUAAGGUGUUUGCAGUCACCUAAAUCCUGCUCAGCCACCUUUAAGGAGGCCGAUCUCGUUCAUACGGACAAAGACACAGAUGUAGAUAUUUUUCUUUGUACGUGCAGCGGACGCUACACUUUGUCAUGCUGUUAUCAGUGGGAAUUUCCCGACCUCGGAUUAGUCCCAGCUGUCCGGCUACGUGCACAUCAAAACAACCCCACCGCUGUUUCUGUCCGAAGCUCUAGGACCAUAAAGAGCAGGCAGAUGGGUUUUAUCUGGUACAGAGACAAUCUGUGGCUGCUUAGAUAAACAUACUCAGCAAUAAAAAGCUCACUUAGUCCGAAGCACUGAGGAAAAUGAGUCUGACUUAUUGUUUUUGUGCGACUGUAAGAAGGUCGAAGCUGUUUGGUCUGAACUGCCAGCAGACAAAAUUUUUGUUUUUUUUUCCUCCAAAUCUUUCUUUAUUAUCUUUAAAUCAGCAAAUUCAAAGCAGCUGCUUGCUGCAAACACUUGGCCCAAACUAGUCGAAAACUUGUGUUUACACAAUUUUUCGUUGCUCCGUUCUGACAGCGAGAUUAAUCCCACACAUACCUGCAGCCUUCUUUAACUGUUCCUUUGAACACAGACUUCCUGUUACCGAGCAUCAGAAAUGUUUCCCUCUCAGUCACAUCUGCUGUUUCUCCCCUCGUCGCUUGUCACUGCUGAUUAAUGUGAUCAACAUCCGAGUACAGCAUGUCACCCAGUUAGGCCACAAACUACAUAAAACUACGAAUCACACUGCACAUUGUGACGAUGAUGUUUCCUCGAAGACACGCGUGUGUUUGAGAGAGAGUCCACUCCAUGGACUUUGGGAUAUUGGAGUAAGACAGGCAGCAGAAAAGGAACAAGCUGAACUCCGGCCCGGAACAUUAAAAGCAGUGUGACUGGAGGUUGGAGAUGCUUUAUAUCAGCAACGUAUUAGCUUGUAACAAUGUAACAGAUGUUGAUUUAUAUGUAAAAGUCCUGCACUCCAGCUCUAAUGUCAUAACACAGAAUUAAGUUUAAGGGUUAAUGUCCACAACCAGCCAGCAGGCUGAGAUGAUUCCUGCUGUUCUCAUUUAGGAUUUUUGUGGGAUCGGGACAAAAUACAGAGUAAGGUAACGAUUGUUAAACCAGAAACAAUGCAGUGUAUUUGAUUAGAGCCAGGGUGAAAUAACCUGACACAUCAGAUUAUUUCUUAUUUUUAUUUUUUAAUCAAGAUCGAGAUGUAAAAUUUUAGCGACAUAAACACAGGCUGAGCGUCAGAGGAACAGUGAGUCGAUGCUGCGUUUAUGUCGACUGGACUGUAAAUGCUGCUUUGGUCCACGUUCACUUCCGACUGCAAACCUCCAAUUAGAGCCUUACAGUCACCGCGGAGGGAAAUGAUACAGACGCCUCAUUUCAUCCACAGCUUGGCCUGCAGCCCAGUUGAACAGUGGGUUUGAACCCAAAAAAACAGCUGCUACACUCAUUUCACGUGAUGUGAACACAGCAAAAAACCUCAGCAGGUGGAGACAGAGAGCAGCUCAUGCUCCUUUUAUUUAUUUGCUCAAAGACAGGCAAAGGUAAGCUAACAAGGAGAAGGGUAAUAUUAAGAUUUGAGGUCCAAAAUUUAAAGGAACAGUUCACCCCAAACUCACGUUUGCAUGUUUUCCCCCACUUGUGUUUCUGUAUAUCUGUAUCUGGAUUGUGUUGGUGUGGGUUCCCCACUUUUAGUUAUUUUGUUUUUCUUGAACAUGAAGUGCACAGUAGUUCUUGAAGCACCAAGAAAAUACACCUGAAAACCUCUUUGCAGAAGUCACGACCCUGUUACUCAUGAAGUCCACAAACUUUGCUGUGAGCAGUUUCAUGUGGGAACUCUUUUCUUUCUACCAAACUACAACCAUCCAACAGAGCAUGUACCUGCGAUGGGACGCUGAUUCCUGUUACAGGAUGUAAACACUGUUGGAGUCCAGCAGAGCUGUAAUGUUAGUUGUCUGCAUGCUUCUCUGGGCUGGUGGAACUAUUGUAGGAAUAACAGUUCCUACGUGAAGCUGCUCUCUUCACGGCUUUUAGAGGGUUUUUUGACGAGCCGGUCAUGAUGUCUGGAAAGACGCAUCACUGCCGAGCUAUUCAAAUGUACUUUUUGGCACUUUGAGCACCCCGAGGUGAGAUCACACCUCUGCAGCUGCUCUCUCUAAAAAGAAAUAAUAUAGUUGUAAAAGCAGAACCACAGGUCAGAGGAAGAAAUGGUAAAUUUGACUUGGAGGUGAACUGUCCUGUAAUGUUUAUUUGGUUAUAUCUAAAUGAAAAUGACCAGUGCAAUGAGCGAACGUGUAUCCGAAACAUCAAACUGCCUUUUGUAAAUGUCACCAUCUGUUACUCUUCUGCUAUCACGAGUCCAUAAAGGUUCAGUGUUUAAAAAAACAAACAAGGUGAUUUCUGUUCAUGUACUGCUGCCCUCACUGAUGUAUUAUGUAAAUAUGAGCCGACAUGUUUAAGACGCUGUUUAUAGAAUAAGAGGAGUUUGUAUCAUGUGAUUUAACUCGGUUUUGAUUUUUUCAUUUGAAAUACUUGGUGAUGGUUUUUCUUUUUUAUCUGUUUUUAUAAAUUUACUGUAAAUGUGACAUCACACUGUCAGAUAUUUCUGUAUUUGAAUGUUUAUACCAAUAAAUAUUAUUUUACUUGUC